AUUUUCCAACCCAUUACCCACGUCCAUGGCGCGAUACGUAAAAGUUCGUUGACACGCGUUGGCUCCAAUCGAAGUUAACCCGUGCCGGUUAUAUCCUCCAUUUUUCAUAAGAAAGCUUCCAGAUUAAACAAUUCAUUAGGGCUCGUCUCGGAAAAACGAUUCGAUUCUCAGAGAACUCAUUAAUUAAAUCCGCUAUCAAUUUUGGUAUCAAUGAGUUUCUGAGAGCUUAGCAUUUCAAAUUAUCUACUGCAAGAUCUCCCUCGCAUUUCACAUUUACCUACAAUGGACGAGUCUUACUCCAAUCUUCCUACCAGCCAUUUGAUCGGCUCUGUCCCGGCCGUUGUCAUUGAAGAAAAGAGCACCACUAACCCUCAAGCUCCUGCAGCAAAUUUGCAAAUAUUUCCUCCAAAUAAUGGUGCCAGUACAGGGAACGGUUAUCAAACUCUCGGAGGAACUAGUGAGGCGAAUGGGCAGCAAUCAGCAAACACCUGGAAAGGAGUAUUUAGUGUCUCAUCUUAUACACAGUAUUUCAAUGUAGAUGAAGAUAUUGUCAUGAACAGAUUGAUGAGUUCUUUGAAUCCUCUUAGUGGAGAUUUCUUCAGCAAGAUUGAUGCCUACCCUGAUCUUUAUGGGCUUGUCUGGGUGUCUGCUACUUUGAUAUUUGUCAUUUCUUCCCUGGGAAAUUGUGCUACUUACCUGAUGCAUAAAAGAAGUGAUAGCAGCAGUUCUUGGUCAUUUGAUGUCAACUAUGUGAACGUCGCGGCAGGCUCAGUUUAUGGUUAUGCACUGCUUGUGCCACUGGGGUUCUAUUUCUUGCUUCAGUACUUGGGUUCUAGUGCUAGCCUCAUACGCUUCUGGUGCUUGUGGGGAUAUUCCCUCUUUGUUUUGACUUUGAGCUCCUUUCUGUUGGUAAUCCCGAUCGAGUUUCUUAGGUGGACAAUCACAAUACUGGCUGGUGCUGCUUCAGCUAGCUUCGUUGCUGCAAAUCUCAAAAUGUAUAUACAGUCAAAUGAUCUCACGAUUGUAUUGGUUGCUGCUUUUGUCCUGCAAAUGGGCCUGACAAUCUUCAUCAAGAUGUGGUUUUUCUCUUAAGACUUGGUUUUGUAGGUAAAUUGUAGCUCAAGUUGCUCUUCUCAAGGCGGCAAGUAGUUUUGAGUUUUAUUUUUCUUGCACAAUUUCCCCACUUUUCUGGUUCGGGAUACAAUUACAGUGGUUUGUAUAGCUGUGAAGCAAAAGAGUAUUGGGAAGUCUAACAGAAAAAUUGCAGAGAAGUGUCUAAAUACUGUCAACAAAGUCCAUUGUUGUUCGUGUUGCUUGUUGAUUGGUGCUUGAAGAACGUAUGCUUCUGGUCUGUAAGUUUAGUUGACUUGUGAGCACAAGAUGUAAAAACAAUUUCUGUUUCAUCAUGAUCUUUUUUGGAGUUCUAUAUUUGCAGAUCCUUGUACAUAUAAAUCACUUAUGUUAUUCAUUUCCAUCCUAAUGGCAGUGGUUGAGCAGAAAGCAAAGGAUAAUUGUACACUA